GACGCGAAGUGACUGUACUCACAAUUGCGCGGUGAUUGCCACCUGAUGACAUUCUCACAAAAUACAACCUGAGAACCGUUGUGGCUGUUGAUUUGAUUCUUGUUGAUAUUUUGUAUUUAAAAAGAUGAAAGAAAAGGAUCUGAAACGAGCUUAUAACAAUGUCCUGGCACAGGCUAUAUCCACCUCAAAGCAGUACCUGUUUGCGGGCAAUCUAUUUGGUGAUAUUUUCGUGCUUAGGAUUAAAGAACUGGACAAGGGUUCCGAGGAGCCCCCAGGCAAACUGAAGAUCUUUCCGCAGGGCAGCGGUGUGGACAUCAACUACCUGGCCUUCCAUCGGGAUUUCCUAAUAGUGGGUGCAGUAGGCAUGAUUUACGGAUUGCCCUGGAACGAGGAGGAGGAAUCGCUGGCCACCAAGCGCUCCUGGGAGGUGAAGAUACCCAUGCAGGUGGACGCUGUCGAAGUGCCCGAUGUGAACUCCAUGUGGCUGGACUCGGCAACUAGCACGCUGUUCGCCGGCUGCGGUGAUGGAGUAAUCUACCAAGUGAGUCUGGAGGAUGGACGCAUUCAGCGGGAGUACCGUGGCCACACGGACUACGUGCACAGUGUGGUGGGCAAUGCCAAGGGUCAGAUCUUCUCGGGCGCUGAGGAUGGCACCGUGCGAGUGUGGAGCACCAAGCAGCAGGAGCAGACCGCCUUGCUGGAGCCGCACAAGAAUGCUAAUCUACUGCGCCCAGAUUGGGGCAAGUGGAUCGGAGCAGUGGCGGUCAACGAGGAUUGGCUCCUCUGCGGCGGUGGACCCAAGGCAUCCAUUUACCACCUGCGCUCUCUGGAGUGCACCCGGGUCUUUGACUUCCCAGGUCGCGUCCAUCUGUGCGAAUUCGUGGACGACUGCGUCUUGAUUGGCGGCGAGCACAACCAUGUGCAGUCCUACACCCUAAACGGAGUUCUGCAGGCCAAUAUUCCAGUGGAGCACACUGCCUGCUACUCCGCUGUCUGGCAAACCUCACCGAUCAAGCUCAUGUCCAUUGCCGGCUUCAGCAACAAGUUGCACAUCCUCAAGGACUUCCGCUUCCUGGACAGCAAGAUCGAGCUAUACGGCAAUGUGCUGGGCGAGGGGGAUAGCCAGGAUGAUGACGAGGAAUUGAUCGAGGAUCCCAUGAUAGUUGAAGCGGCAUGAUAGAGGUUUAAUAAAUCUCUUUUUUGAUAACAUA